AAGUAAUUGAGCGCAACAUUAUCACAUACAAGUAGUGGAUUCUAGAUGUGUGAUGACGCCUACCUAAUUCGUCAUUUCUUUAGCAGCAGACAUACUUAAUGAUGAUGUUUGUUUUCAUGUUUACACUUGUGUUACUCUGUCAGGGAAUAUUGACACAAAAUACAAGGCAGGAAGACGAUCUCAUUCAAAGAAUAAAGGGUCAAGUGUCAGUAACGAUGUCGAGUACCAGCAAUUAUAAUGUUCCGGAAACAUCCUGGGAUAGUUACAAUGCUGUAGACAAUAUCUAUCUUGGAGACCCAAACACAUGCAGGUGUUGUGCUUCGACAUUAGGCACUGAAUCACCAUGGCUACAAUUAGAUUUGGGCGGAAUAUAUAGAGCCAGUGUCAUUAGGAUAUUUGGACGAACAGAUGGAAGCAGCGAUUCGCAGUACCAGAACAUUUCCGUAUUUGUCAGUAAUACGACAAUAACAGCGAUAAGUGGAACAUUACUAUAUAAAGGCGGUCCAAAUGUUGGCAGUUACACAUUUGUACUACAACCCCAAACUACAUACCUGUUUAGAUAUUUGAUGAUACGACGUCCAAGUGUAAGUGUGUUGACAAUAUGCGAGAUUCAUAUUGUUCAAGCUACAAUAAAGCUGCUUAACCUUCUACGAAACACUGCAAUUACAAGCCAAUCCAGCAAUUUUAUGGGUAACCCUUCACACAAUGCGAUUGAUGGACGAGAUAACUAUGACAUAAACCAUUGUCAGUGCUGUAGUGUAACAAUGGCAACGCCUUCCCCAUCGUGGUGGCAAGUAGAUCUCAGAGAAAAAUACAAGAUUUACACUGUGGAAAUAUAUGGGAGAAGCGAUUUAGGUAGCAACGAGCAAUUAGAAGGUGCUGAGGUGUAUGCCUGUAAUACAUCAGAUUGUUUAUACAGUCAUGGACAAUUGUUGUUCACAUUACCGAAUAUCAUACACUCGACGCAUUUUAUCCAUCAUCUAGAUAAACCAGUUAUUGCGCAGAGUUUCAGAAUUUAUCUUUAUCGUAAUAUUCUCACACUUUGUGAAUUUAUCCUUUACUCUGAAGAUAAACUUUGUAAUAUUGGAUGGUUUGGAGAAUCUUGUUCCCAAAGAUGUCAUUGUGCAGACAUUAAGGGAUGUCAUGGAAGCUCUGGACAAUGUCAGACACCUUUAUGUUUACCCGGGUGGACUGGGUCUGCUUGCAAUGAAGAGUGUCCUCAUGGAACAUUUGGUCAAAAAUGUAAAAAAGAAUGUCACUGUGCCAACAAUUUACCAUGUGAUAAAAGCAAUGGUAUGUGCAGCACCGGAAGCUGUGAUUUAGGUUGGAUGGGCGAUUCCUGCAGUCAAGAGUGUCCAUACAGAACAUUUGGUGAUGAAUGUAAAAAGGAAUGCCACUGUGACAAUAAUACGUCUUGUAAUAAAAGAAACGGUGACUGUCUUGUAGGAAACUGUGAGCCCGGUUGGUACGGCAGCUCAUGUAGUCAAGAGUGUUCGUAUGGGAGAUUUGGUUCAAAUUGUGAAAACGAAUGCCAUUGUUCCAACCGCACAUCAUGUAACAGUACUAAUGGUGAGUGUGUAAUAGGAAGUUGUGAUCCAGGCUGGAUUGGUGAUACGUGUAGUCAAGUGUGCCCUCAUGGAACAUUUGGCCAAAAUUGUUCAAAAGAAUGUCACUGUUUCAACAAUUCUUCAUGCGAUAUUGAUAGCGGUGCAUGUUCAUCAGGAACUUGUGAACCAGGAUGGCUUGGGGAAUCCUGUAGUCAAAAAUGUUCAUAUAGACGGUUUGGGCAAAACUGUGAAAAAGAAUGUCACUGUGUGAAUAAAACACCAUGUAAAAAUACAAACGGUGAAUGCUUGUUAGGGCAAUGUGACCCAGGUUGGUACGGAAGCUCAUGUAGCCAAGAUGAUGUAUGUGAUGUUGGCUUUUAUGGGAAAACUUGUACUUUCAAAUGUAAUUGUGCGGACAGAAAAGUGUGUGAUUUUACGACAGGAAAAUGUCAGUCAACAGAAUGUUAUCUUGGAUGGAAAGGUCCCGCCUGUAACGAAGUUCUUGUUUGUAAUGUUGGAUGGUUUGGACAGUCAUGUUCCCUAGAGUGUCAUUGUGCUGACAACAAAACAUGCAAUUCAACAACAGGAGAUUGUCAAACACCUAAUUGUUUACCUGGAUGGACUGGACCUGCCUGUAAUAAAGAGUGUCCGUACAGGCAAUUUGGCCAUGAUUGUGAUAACGAAUGUCAUUGUUUCAACAAUACAUCAUGCAGUAACAUCGACGGCACGUGCUCAAUAGGAUACUGUGAUGCAGGUUGGCAUGGUAGUUCUUGUAGUCAAGAGUGUCCUAAAAGAACGUUUGGUCAAGACUGUGGAAAAGAAUGUCACUGUUUCAACAGCACAUCAUGCAAUAAUAUCAACGGGGCAUGUUUAGUAGGUUUGUGUGACCCAGGUUGGCACGGUAGUUCUUGUAGUCAAGGUAACAGGACAAAAGCUGAUCCUAUUGGACCAGAAACUUUGAAAGGUGAAAAUUCAACAGAAAUUAUCAGUAACAAGGAAGGUAAAAUGAAUGCAGGCACGAUUGCAGGAAUAACUAUUGGUGUUAUCUUGGCUGUAGUAGUAAAUGCAGUAGUAAUUGUAGUUGUGGUAAAGAAGAUGAGACAGGCUUGUAAUGGUGGCUUCAGAAGGUUUUAGAAAACAAUGCAUAAAUUACUAGGAAAAGGGACGGGAUUUUGCCCGUGUAAGGAACGCUUUGCAACUGUAAAAAGUUACACUAUCCUUGCCUGAGUAUUUGUUUUUUAUAUUCGAUUGUUCUUUGUUUAGAUAAAAUGUAAAUUUGAUUAUGAUUUAAACGGUAAAAAUCUUUAAAAUAUUAAAUAACAUGAUAAAACAAAUAAUAAACAGAAACAAAAGAAAAUAAACCGACAUGUCAAAAAGAUAAGUAAAACUGCAUUAUCAUUAUUAUACCAAUAUCAUUUUAUUUCAAUGGUGUCAAGGACGCAUCACAGUUGAAAUCGUGAACAUUUCAGUCAUCACUUCCAUUUAUAUUCUCUCUUAUUAUUGUUCAUAAAAUUCAUAUUAUUAAACAAUAAAUUGAUAUUUAUCUUUCAACACUA